UAUCUAACCUCACUCACACAAAACAAUCAUAUACUCACACAGAACAUCACACACUCACAAAAUACUCUCACGGUUACCUCUUUCCCACACUCACACAAAACACUCUCACACUCUUACCACUUUCCUUCAAUUCAACCAUGGUUCCCUAUAUAUACAACACCUUACUCUUCACAAUUCUUACACCAACUCCAUCUUCAGCCUUCAAUUUCACUUAUCAAAACCUUUGUCAUCUACUCUCUCUAACGCACAAUCAUGUUUCCAACUAACAACCCUUCCACCUCACAAUCCACUUCUUCAAAACCUUCAACUUUAGAAAUCUCUAUCGAGGUGCCAGUUUUCAACGAGGAGGUGCGAUUAGCUGCGAGUACACCGAAGAAGCGUGCAGGGAGGAAGAAGUUCAAGGAGACUCGCCACCCGGUGUUCAGGGGUGUGAGAAGGAGGAAUUUAGAUAAGUGGGUGUGUGAAAUGAGAGAGCCUAACAAGAAGACUAAAAUUUGGCUAGGAACUUUUCCGACGGCCGAGAUGGCAGCCCGAGCCCAUGAUGUUGCAGCCUUGGCAUUGAGAGGUCGCAACGCCUGUAUCAACUUUGCAGACUCAGCUUGGCGACUCCCUGUUCCUGCCACUACUGCAACAAAAGAUAUACAAAAGACAGCUGCACAAGCUGCCGAGGCAUUCAGACCAGAUAAGACUUUCCUAUCGAAUAAGGUUUUAACCACUAAUGAUAUUGACACUGCUGUAGCCACCUCCGCUGCCACAGCGGAGCAGCUUAUGUUUUGUAUGGAAGAAGAUGAAGAGAAGGAAGUGUUGAACAUUCCAGAUUCAUUAAGGAAUAUGGCGCUGCUGUCUCCUACACAUAGUUUGGGGCAUGAGUUUGAGUAUCAAGAUAUUAAUACAGACUUUGAAGAUGUUGAGUUGUCACUAUGGAGUUUUUCUCUUUGAUUUGUUUGGUUUUUUUACUUUUAUUUAUUUUUAUAUGAAGUUUGCUUUUAUUUUUGGAUUUUAGAAUGAAAAUUUGUUUGUACUUUAACCAUUUUUUGGAUUGUAGAAUGGAAAAUAGCUUGUAUGAACCAUUGUUUAAUAAUGUAUAUAUACAUAGGUUGAAA